UCAACCUCGACUAGGCAGCAUCUUGGCCCAGCUGAAAGUUGGGCGCGAUUUUUGCUGCGUUUAAGCUCGAACGCGCAAAUGUCUGCGUUCUUUGCUGUCGUCUUUGUGCUUGGCCUUGGCCUGGCCAACGCCGUCAACUUCACAACCGUCUACGACUGGAAUCAACUUGAUUUCAUCUGGCCGUCAGGAGCGAACAGUUAUAUUGAAGAGGUUAAACGAAGUUUCAAUCCGAAGAGUGUUGAAUUUCAAUACAUGGCCGUGUUUGGAGAAAGGCUCUUUCUAAGCCUUGAUUGGAAAUACGGACUUCCCGCCACUUUGGUGUGGCUGCCAACGAGUGGCACGUCGACUGCAUCUCCAACGCUCACUCCUUUCCCAUCCUGGAAUUUACACGAAAGAAACAAAUGCGACACUAUUCAGACGGCCACAGGUUUGGAGACGGACAUUGAUGGUCGGUUGUGGGUCGUUGAUGACGGAACUGUCGCAUGUCCAGGAAAAAUUUGGAUAUUCGACCUGCUCAACAAGGACAAAACCGAGCACAUUCACCAGUUCCCGGACGCGGUCGUCACUCAUGAAAAGUUUUCAAGGGGGCUGCGUGACAUAGUGCUGGACAAAACGCCAGACGACUACAUUGCGUACAUCAGAGACGCCAAUUCCGAGCACAUCGUCGCUUACAGCCGAAAAAUGGACAAAUCCUGGUCAGUGAAAACAUCGAGAAAAAAAUGGAAAUCCUUCGCCCUCUCUCCUAGCCGGGAAGCGAGACAGUUGUACCUUAGCAAAUCUUUUUCCGAUGACUUUUAUUCAGUGUCCGUGUCUGAGCUGAGGAGUCAAGGCGAAAGCGCGGAUGCCAAAUUAUUAGGCCAAUGGAAAAAAAUACCCAGCAGAAUGUUAAUCGACAGUGCCAAUGUCUUGUAUGCCGCCUUCUUCAACGCGAAUUACCUCGCCAAAUGGAAUAUUUCGGAGCCCUUUCACGAGCAGCGGUUUCACGAGUUCGGAGAACUGGGUGCAAUUGAGCCAUUUACUUUUGCCUUGGACUCGAACGGCACCUUAUGGUUGACGGAGCAAAAUGAAACUGGGGGUGCGAAUAGGCAUAAACUGCUCAAGGCUUCAAUCGGCACCAAAUCGUAUCUCUACUCACCACGUCCAUAGACUUGUCAUCGCGUGGGCUGACCCUGAGGAGGAGAAGAAUACAAACCUAUACUUGAGGCAGAUUUCUACACUGACAUAGCGUUUUCCCGGACAGCAAACGGUCUUCUACUGAGACUAAUAUAAAAUAAAGUGUGUCGCAUUUUAACAAAUAGUUCAUUAAAAAUAAAACAGCUACAUUGGGUUUAUUGUUUUAUUCGUUGGAAUGUUUCGAGUUAAAUGAAAAUACAUAUUGCAUUGCAUUCCCUAAAAA